AUGCGUCUUGUAAUACUUUUAUUACCAAUUUGCCAACUAUUUGUAUCAGCAAUACCUGUCGUCAAAUACCAGAAUGCUAAAUUGAUUGUUGGUGCAAAUUAUCAACUUAUUAACCAACUAUUUGUCGAAUCACAAACUCAAUGUAUUUGUCAAUGUUUUGCUAAUGAAACUUGUCUCACAGCUACUUACAUUGGAACUAAUCAAAACUGUUCACUAUUUUCAACCAAACUGAACGAAACAGAUUUGCAACUGGCAACAUUUGAAAUCAAUGCUAGUAUUUUAAGUUUUAUCAACAGAACUAUAUCAAGUACUAUUCGUCAAGCACCAAAUAUUCAAUGGUUGUUCGAUGGUAAUCUCAACGAUAGUUUUGGUAAUUAUCCUGGAAUAUCGGCGAAUGGCAAUAUUCAAUGGAUAUCGCCCGAUUACAGCGGAAAUCGAAAAGCUGCCUACUUUGCUAACAAAAGUUAUGUUAUUGUUCCAUAUACACUGGAACUCAUUGAUACAAGUUUUACUGUUUCAACAUGGAUUCGAUUAUUAUCAAAUAGGCCAUUAAAUACAUCCGAAUUUGGAAUUUUUACUCAUUGUGAGAAUAUAAAUGAUAAUAAUUGUUUGUAUAUGAGUAUACGAUAUGGUAAACUUUUCUUUUCUUUGAAUAACAAUAAUGUUAUAGGAAAUUCGUUUUUAACAAGUAAUAUUUGGUACCAUGUUGCAUAUGUUUAUGAUCGAAUUACUUUAACACAAAGUGUUUAUAUUAAUGGACAACUUGAUGGAGUACUAUCAUCAACAGGUAUUUAUCAAGGUAAUGCAAGUCAAAUAUGGAUUGGUGCAUCACCUUUUACGUAUAUGUAUCCGAAUCCAUUCGCCUAUAUGGAUGAAUUAAACUUUGUGCCACGUGCAGAAAGUGCAGAUGCACUUCUUGAAGAAGCAACACUUGUUGUCUACUAUAAAUUUGAUAAUUCAUUCUUUGACUCAGGCCCAAAUAAGAUUUAUAAUAGUAGUGGUACAAAUGUUCGAUUCGAUGUCAAUGGUCGAGUUAAUCAAGCUCUUCUUAUUAAUUCAAAUAAUUCAUUUUUCCAAUCAACAAGCUUUUAUCGCCUUGGACAAUCGAAUUAUCCAUAUUCAUUUUCUCUUUGGAUUUAUCCUUUGUCAAUGAAUGGAACUAUUGUUCAGCUUUUAUCUAUUAACAAUGAUUGGUGGUCACCUAUGCUUGGCUUUGAUAGUAGUAAUCAUCUUGUGACGCAAACAUGGAGUGGUUCAGUAUUUUACAAUGUUGCUUCGAAUUCGUUUGCUAUGCCUUUAAAUGUAUGGACUCAUGUAGUAGCAACUUUUUCAACUACGAAUGGACUUCGUCUCUUUAUCAAUGGAACGAUGGUUAACUCGACUAGUUCCAGUCAUAGUCAUGGAGCAAGUGGAACAUGGAAUAUAAUGUCUAUUGGAGCAUGCACUCCAAUGAUAUGGUGCAGCAAUGCUGAAACACGAAUAGUUGCGAAUCAAUUCCGUGGAAAAAUUGAUGAAAUGAGAGUUUAUUCACGAGAGUUAACAAAUAUGGAAAUUCAAGCAUUCGCAACUAUUUGA